UCUUUUGAGUUCCUAAUUUUUCCCCUUCACAUUACACUCUCUCACAAUUUCAAUUUUCACAACUCCCACAAACUCUCACACUUGAUAACAAAACCAAAACCGAAACCAAAAAAAAUAAUAAUAAAAAUCAAUGCACAAGAAAAUGCUGGAGCGAGUUCUCUCUGUGCGCCGUGCCGUUUCGCCUCGCAGCGACGCCACGUCAUCGGUAGAGUUCGAAAACGACAACGACGAAGCGACGGCGGACGCCGACGACGACGAGAAGACCAAGAAGCAGCAGCACCAGCAGAUCCGAAUUGCGACCCGGACCGCCGCGAACUACUUGACCCGGAUGGGGCCUUUCGGGCUCUGCCUCGUCUUCCUCUCCCUCGCUUUACUCUCCAUUCUCUCCUUGUACCUUUUCCACUCUCGCUCCUUCGUUUGCGUCUCCAGUUACGACCCGGUUACCCGCUCCGGAUUCUUCGGGUUGGAUGGGCUUGAAUCCGAUUUCGGAUCUCUCGGCGUCCCUUGGUGCAGAUCGAAACAUGGAAAAACAGUCGAAUGGACAUCUAAGGAUUUAAUCAAAGGCUUGGAAGAGUUUGUACCUAUAUAUGAAACCCGGCCAAUUAAAAACAAUAUGUAUGGGAUGGGUUUUGACCACAGUUUUGGCCUUUGGUUCAUUGCUCGAUGGCUGAAGCCAGAUUUGAUGAUUGAGAGUGGUGCAUUUAAGGGACAUUCAACUUGGGUUUUGCGACAAGCAAUGCCAGACACACCAAUUGUGUCGCUCUCACCACGGCAUCCUGAGAAAUAUCUGAAGAAGGGGCCUGCUUAUGUUGAUGGAAACUGCACAUACUUUGCUGGAAAAGAUUUUGUUGAUUUUGGAAGUGUUGAUUGGGGAAGUGUAAUGAAGAAACAUGAGAUUACUGAUCUCAGUCGGGUUCUUAUUUUUUUCGACGACCAUCAAAAUGAAUUGAAAAGAAUAAAGCAGGCUCUGAAAGCGGGCUUCCAACAUCUUGUUUUUGAGGAUAACUAUGACACUGGAACCGGAGAUCAUUAUUCUGUAAGGCAGAUAUGUGAUCAAUUUUAUAUAAGAGGAGGUGGCCAUAGCUGUUUUAAAGACAGUGAUGAAGCUAGGAUUAGAUCGAAAAGGAGGAAAUUCUGGCAGAAAGCAGUCGAUAUAGAAGAACUUUGUGGCCCAGAUGAAGCGUGGUGGGGUGUUAGAGGGUACAUGCGAGAUGACUUCAACCACAGUAAUCAGCCAAUCUCCCAUGCAGACCACUUUCAGAACAGCCGUUUUCUGGAAUCAAUUCUUGAUGUUUAUUGGGAACUCCCUCCUGUGGCUGGACCUUCUCUCACUCAUCAAACAAGAUAUGACCCAGCUCGUGCACCCAGUCCCAUUGUUGAAGACGGUCGGUAUCGCUUAUUCCAGCGUCUUGGUUUGACCAGACUUGAGACAUCUGUAUUUAACGGGUAUACUCAGAUGGUUUAUCUUCACAUAUCUGAACAAGAAUCUUAGAGCAGUCUUGAUGAGAAUGCAUUGUUUUAGUUUCCCAUACCUGUUUAUAUUAUGCAUGAAUUUUUUCUUGGUAGUUUUUGUGUUUCCAUUCACCUUUUUUAGUUUUUUUUUUUUUUCUUUAUCAAUUUUCAGAAUCCCUGAUAGUGACAACUUUUUUGUGUACUCACCAAAAAGACUAGUGUAUAUUAACUGUUAAGCACAAUGUAGCAAUGACCGGCCAUCAGUUUUUUCA